GCAUUGCUUACAAUCACAACCAACAAAUACCAUAACAAGCCAUUGUUUCCUGUCUGUCCCAUUUCAGCAUUCACGCUUUCCCACUUCCCAGUUUCAUCUAAAAUCAUCCAAAUUAUUCUUCAACACCAGCAGCAGAUCUACUUUUAGUCGAUUUUUUCUGUCGUUUGUUACCAGUAUUGCAUUGAACGGUUUGCCCCAAAAUUUUUCACUUUGAUUUCAUCUUCAGGGUAUUUCAAGUUUCUGGGCAAUUCGAGGGGAGUUGUUCGUUCUGUAUGUAGCUGUAAAAGUUACUGCAAUCAAGUAAAUAGGCCAAGUACUAGAUUCUUGCACUUGAGCAAAUGGAGCCGCUAUUCUACAUACUGAUAGCUUUGCCUUGUACAAUUGGGGCAAUUUCGUUGGCGCUUCUCCACAUUUACAGGCAUCUCAUGAAUUAUACUGAACCCACAUAUCAGAGAUACAUUGUCCGAAUUAUCUUUAUGGUUCCUGUUUAUGCAUUAAUGUCAUUCUUGUCCCUCAUCAUAAACAAGGGUGCAAUCUACUUCAAUUCUAUCAGAGAAGUAUAUGAAGCUUGGGUCAUUUAUAACUUUCUGUCAUUAUGCUUAGCGUGGGUUGGUGGACCGGGUGCUGUGGUGUUAAGUCUGAGCGGAAAAGUUCUAAAGCCAAAUUGGUGGUCAAUGACAUGCUGCUUACCUCCAGUUCCUUUGGAUGGUUUUUGAAGCUAUGCAGUCGCUUUAUACGAAGGUGCAAGCAAGGAUGCUUGCAAUUUGUGAUCCUCAAGCCUAUUCUAGUAGCCGUUACAUUUAUACUUUAUGCAAAAGGGAAAUAUGAAGACGGAAAUUUCAGUCCAAUGCAAUCCUACCUCUAUCUCACCAUUAUUUAUACAAUCUCAUACUCAGUGGCACUUUAUGCCUUGGCCUUAUUUUAUGUGGCCUGUAGAGAUUUGCUUCAGCCAUUCAAUCCAGUUCCAAAGUUCAUCAUUAUCAAAUCAGUUGUAUUUCUUACUUAUUGGCAGGGGGUUUUGAUAUUUCUUGCUGCAAAGACUGAGCUAAUAAAAGAUACAGUGGAAGCUGCAAACUUUCAAAGUUUUAUAACUUGUGUUGAGAUGCUCAUUGCUGCGGUUGGUCAUCUUUAUGCAUUCCCAUACAAGGAGUACGCUGGUGCAAAUAUUGGUGCUUCUCGUGGCUUUACAGCAAGCCUCGCACAUGCUCUGAAAUUAAAUGACUUUUACCAUGAUACUGUCCACCAGUUUGCACCAACAUAUCACGAUUAUGUUCUCUAUAACCAUAAUGAUGGUGACGAGGGAACAAGGAAAUACAGGGCACGAACCUUCGUUCCAACUGGCCCAGAAAUGGAUGCAGUUAGACGGAAUAAAAAUACAUUUGGUAACAAAUCAGAAGAUAUACAGUUGUCUAGUUUAUCAUCUCCAGCCAAUUAUACUCCUCAGAAUCCAGGCAUGGGGCACAAUUUCGUGAAAUCAGAGGCCAUUAACACGUCAUUACUCAUGGACGCAUCGAGCGCUCUCUCUAUGCCUUAUGACCUUUCCCUCAUUGACUUAGACAGGUCUAAUAACUCGGCAAAAGUGCCUGCAGCAAAUGAAGGUGGGAGAAGGUGACAAACGGGUGCUAGAGAAUUAGAAAUCUUGUCCGACUUUUAAACGUAUUUUGAUUUGGUGUAGAAAGGCAAAUUUGUAUUCAUUUUUCUGUUACAUGAGUUGUAGGACUCUACAAUUAUGCAUAUAGGCAAAUAUUUUUCUCCAUUUCUUUGUAGUCAUUUUACUCAUCUGUUGGUUUAUUCUUGUGGAUAGUGUUUUUACUUGAGAUUAUAAUACUGUAUACGAAAUUCCGGGUUUUAAUUCUUUUUGGAGCAAUGUAAUCUAAGAUAUUCAUACUAA